GCUCCGCGGGAGCUGCCGGGGCUCGGAGCCGCGGGGCCAUGCGCCGGGUGAACAGCAGCCUGUCCAGUGAUGAGCUUCUCCUGGAAGACUUGGAGACAGAAGGGGAGAGGCAGCUGAAAAGCCUCCUUCACCACCAGCUUGACACCACUGUCUCCAUUGAGCAGUGCAAGUCAAAGCGGAGAUGCUUUGCCCCUGCAGCUUUUUACAAACCUUUCGGGGAAGAGGCUGCAGGGGCUUUGACCUUGUCACAGUUCCAGGCCCUGCAGGAGAGUGACAAAGAAACCUCCUCUCUCCGGGAGCUGGGGCUCUCUGACUCGGAGAUUCUGCUCUGGAAGAACCAGGCUUCAGCAAGGAAGGGCUCUGGGCUGGGGGCAGCCCCCGAGGCCACGCAGGAGCGGCUCGAUGCCAUCCAGGAGAAGCUGGAGGAGCGCCGGCGCAUCCUGGCGCUGCCGCAGAGGUUUGCGGGCAGCAAGCAGCUGAGCCGGCGGGAGAUGGAGAUCGAGAACGCCCUUUUCCAGGGAACAGACAGACACUCCUUCCUCCGGGCCCUCUACCAUGAAGAUGACACUCAGAAGAGGGGAACAGAUGAAAAGGACCCCAUGGUUCAUCUGGAGAGUGUUUACCAAGAGCUGCUGAGCAAGAAGUGCCCUGAAAAAGUCCUGUCUGCUACGAGUGACCCCAGCUUGUCCCCAACCCCACAGAGGACUGUGACUGAGAGGUCAUCACUUCCAGACCAGGAGAAGCAAGCAGAAGAGUCAGCAAGUCCCAGUGUUUCUGCAGCAAAGCCCCACGAGUCCCCUCCAAGGCCUGUAGUUAUCAAAGAGCCAGUCAAGUUUGUCCCAGAAGAGGAGAUCCUCAAGAAUCGCCUCUCAGAGGAAGAACUCCGGAAAAUACCCAGGUUCUCAUCCUACCAUCCAGGGGAGCCCAGCAAGGUGCUGUAUUUGAAGAACCUGGGCCCCCGAGUGACAGUGAAGGACCUGGUGUCCUUGUUUGCUCGGUUCCAGAAGGAGGACAGCCCACUGAUCCAGUUCCGCCUCCUGAGCGGCCGGAUGAGGGAUCAGGCCUUCAUCACCUUCCCUGACACGGAGUCGGCCCAGAGUGCCCUGCAGCUGCUGAACGGGUACCAGCUGCAGGGGAAGCCCCUGGUGAUCGCCUUUGGGAAAAGCAGGAAGCAUUUGCCAGAGGCUGACUUUGCCAGCCCCAGCUCCUCUGCUGCAGAGAACCCUCCUGCCACAUGAGGGACAGAGAACCAGCAGCCUUGUGAAGUUCAGUGAGCUUGGGACAGCUGUGGUUGAACCUGAGACAAUGAAGGACUGGUGGGAGCCAACAGGCAUGUCCAGCAAGCUCAGAGUAGGAAAGGGAGAGCUGGGGACUGGGCUCUUCGUGAGAGACGGGCAGUGCCUGUACAUGGUGGUGGCAAGGAGAGAGGGAAGAAGCCAAAUAAA